AUGGCCGAAGCGCUCGCGCCGCCGAGGGGUCAAAGCUGCAAGAAACACAAAAAAAAAGAAAAAAGCCCCAGACAGAUUUCAUCAGAAACAUCGUUACGAAGAUCUUGUCAAAAGAAAAAAAAACACUCAUUUUCUCUUAUUUGGGGGACUGUUCUAGCUAAAGAGGUUCUUUGGAACCUAAUGGCAUGCCAAAAAGUGAAAAGGUUCCAUAUUACACUGGGUAUUAUCGCAAUCAAGCGCUCCAAUUCUCUUAUAUCAGUGCCAAAAGAUGGUUCUGGUAAGAAAUACCUUUUGAUUGAUAUCAUGCGGUGGCGGGGUCGCAACCGUUCCUCCACUGCAGGGAUAUGUUUGGGAGGUUUAAACAGUUUCUAUGUUAAUUAUGGCAAAACACGGUCGCUAGCAUGA